GGGGCCGCGCCCUGGGUCGCCCUGGUGGCGCGCGGGGGCUGCACCUUCAAGGACAAGGUGUUGGUGGCGGCGCGGAGGAACGCCUCGGCCGUGGUUCUCUAUAACGAGGAGCGCUACGGGAACCUCACCGCGCCCAUGGCGCACGCGGGAACAGGAAAUAUAGUGGUCAUUAUGGUUAGCUACCCAAAAGGAAGAGAAUUAUUGGAUCUGGUGCAAAAAGGAAUUCCAGUCAAAGUGACCAUAGGGGUCGGCACCCGUCAUGUACAGGAGUUCAUCGGUGGUCAGUCUGUGGUGUUUGUGGCCAUCGCCUUCAUCACCAUGAUGAUCAUCUCAUUAGCCUGGCUGAUAUUUUACUAUAUACAGCGUUUCCUAUAUACUGGCUCACAGUUUGGAAGUCAGAGCCAUAGAAAAGAAACUAAGAAGGUUAUUGGUCAGCUUCCUCUUCAUACUGUAAAGCAUGGAGAAAAGGGAAUCGAUGUUGAUGCUGAAAAUUGUGCAGUGUGUAUUGAAAAUUUUAAAGUAAAGGAUAUCAUCAGAAUUCUGCCAUGCAAGCAUAUUUUUCAUAGAAUAUGCAUUGACCCAUGGCUUUUGGAUCACCGCACGUGUCCAAUGUGUAAACUUGAUGUCAUCAAAGCCCUGGGAUAUUGGGGAGAGCUUGAGGACGAGCAGGAGACGCCUGCUCCAGAAUCGACCCCUGGAAGUGUUUUGGCUGCAAAUUUGAGUAUUACUUUACAAGAUGAUGCCAGAAGUGAAGGGAGCACCUUACCAUCAUCUUCCACUAACGAAUCCGUGCCGCAGUGCAGUGCCGGUUUUAAAGAAGAUGCAAGUGAAAACACAGCCUUACUAGGUAAGUAG